GCGUCUGCUGGGUCAGCUGUCGAGCACUGUCGGGCGUCGAGGCAACUUGCUGGCACACUGACACGUUGCAGUUCCUUCACUGUUCUUCACGGGGAGUGCGUCGCGGACCUCGUCGUGUUUCGUUUCGAACGUCAGUCGACAUCUCGAUCUCUCGUCGGGAUUCAAGUUGACCGGAGCAGAAAGGGAGAAGAGCCCGAGGGGGUCGCAAUUUUUCAACUUUUUCUUCCCAACUAAUUUUCUCGAAACGGGAUCGCAUAACCAGACCAAAUAGCCAUUUAAAUCAAGGCUGCAUGGCAACGCCGUUGAAAACUUAAGAAAAUGUCCAGGAAGCGUACCAGGGAGGAAACUAUGCUGGCUACUGCGUCCCACCAGAAUAGCGUUAAUGGAGAAAGCGCGUCCUGCUCCAGGGAAAAUUCUCCGGUUCACGCUAAUUGUUUUAAACAAACAAUGACUUGGGGAUCUAAACAGAAUUGUAAUGGAGGUAGCAGUGCAAAUUUUAUGUUUCUAAAGGACUAUAAUCAAAUUUCUGUUUGUCAGGAAAGAUUACCAUCAAUUUGUAAAGAAGCACCUUUCAGUGACGAUCCAGAUGCUAUCAUAGAGAGGAAUGCAUGCGAUUAUAACACGCGAAUUACCUUAAAACAAGCAAGAAGUGGCAAAGUUCCUAGGAAAAUUAGAGUUUAUGCCGAUGGUAUUUAUGAUCUCUUUCACCAAGGACACGCACGGCAACUUCUACAAGCUAAGAAUAUUUUUCCAAAUGUUUAUCUUAUUGUUGGAGUAUGUAAUGAUGAAUUAACGCAUAGCAAAAAAGGAAGAACUGUAAUGACAGAUUUGGAAAGGUAUGAUGCUGUUAGGCAUUGUAGAUAUGUAGAUGAGGUUGUUCGAGAUGCACCCUGGGAAUUAGAUGAUGAAUUUAUAAAAAAGCACAAGAUAGACUUUGUUGCUCAUGACGAUAUACCAUAUGUAACAGAUGAUUCAUCAGACGUUUAUGCUAAAUUAAAAGCAAAAGGUAUGUUUGUAGCCACACAAAGAACAGAAGGGGUUUCCACAUCCGAUAUAGUUGCGAGGAUAGUCAAAGAUUAUGAUAUAUACGUCAGGAGAAAUCUCGCACGAGGUUACAGUGCAAAGGAACUUAAUGUGUCUUUUCUCAAUGAGAAAAAAUUUCGCCUACAAAACAAGUUUGAUGACCUAAAAGAUAAGGGAAAACGAGUAAUGGAAAAUAUUGGUGAGAAGCGAAUGGAUAUGAUAAGCAAAUGGGAAGAGAAAUCUCGGGAUUUUAUUGAUGCCUUUCUUCUGCUCUUCGGAAGAGAAGGCAGAUUGUCAACAAUUUGGCAUGAAGGUAAAGGACGCUUAAUGCAAGCGUUAUCUCCACCAGCAAGUCCAAAAAGAGACGGUAGCCCAAGUAGUAGUAAUAGUAGCCAUGAUGAAGAUCAGACAAGUCCACCACCAAAGAAAACAGGACGCUUUGAAUUUUCACAAAGUAAUCACUAUUUAAGUGAUGAUUACAGUGAUGAUGAAGAAGAGAAUCUACACUCCAAAUGAUAACUAAUUACAUUAAAAAUACAUAUAUUCUCUCUGACCAAA